AUGUCUCUGCGGCUUCUCAAGCGACCAAUUAACAUUGGAUCAAAAGCUCCGAUCUCACAGCUUCGUUUGAAAUCCGGCCUGGCGCAAGCGAACAAUGAUCUUCCCUCGUUCCCCUCUCGGUGGUUCGCUGAUCUACAAGCUCAGUUGAAGAAGUUUACCAGCGAUAGCUACCCUUCCAGCUGCGUUCAAGAAGCCGAGAGACAAUUGGUGUCGAAUGACCAAAAUUGGCUGCAACUCUUGGCAGGGCAGCAGGGAUUCCUCAUCGAUAAGAAAUGGCGAGGUCUCGAUAACCACCAGCUCCUUUGGGGUGACAUGGAUAGCAUGGGUGGGUAA